CGCUUAUGAGUACUUGAAGUGAAUAACGAAUUUUCAGUAGCUAUCUGAUAGCAGUUGUAUCGCCAUGAAUCGAAUAGUGAUAUUUGGAGCUACAGGAAAUACCGGACUAUGUGCUUUAAAUAGCGCUGUAAAUAAGGGAUUAAAUAUAAGAGCAUUUGUAAGAGAUGAAAGCAAAGUACCAACAAAUUUAAAAGAUAAAAUUGAAAUAGUUGUUGGAGAUGUUACUAAUGCAGAACAAGUUUCAAAUGCAAUAUCUAAUAGGGAUGCAGUGGUUGUUGUGCUUGGCACACGAGAUGAUUUAGGUCCAACUACAGUAUUGUCCAAUGGUAUGAAAAAUAUAAUAGAUGCUAUGAAAGUACACAAUGUAGAAAUAGUAUCUGUUUGUUUAUCUGCAUUUUUGUUUUACAAACCUGAAGCAGUGCCUAAUAUAUUUAAAGAUGUAAAUGCAGAUCACCAGCGAAUGUUUGACCUUAUUAAAGAAAGUAAAUUAAAAUGGAUUGCAAUAUUACCACCCCAUUUUACAAAUGUACAAAGAUCAAAAUAUGUAGUAAAGCAUGAUGAGUCUCCUGGUCGGACUAUUUCCAAACAUGAUUUAGGAGAUUUUCUUAUUGAAAGUCUUCAACAACCAGAACAUUAUCAAAAAGUUUGUGGUAUUGCUAACAUUGCAUAAUAUAACAAAAAGUACAUUUUGUAAUGUGGUCAGAAUUAAAAAAUAUUUUGGAGAAUAUUUUCAGCCUUUAAUCAUAUAAAAAAAUAAAUAGGUAAUAUGAAAAGGCAUCUUCUAAUUUGUACAAAAUGUAUUACAUUGGAAGUAUGCAGCUAUUGAAAAAUAUUUGUGAUUUUAAAUAUCUAUUGGAAUGGUUAUAAUUUUUUGUAAAAUAUGAGGAUGUGUGCAUGAGAAGUGUUUCUGUAUUUAAAAGCAAUUAAAAAAAUAAUUUUUUAGAUAAAUAAAUAAAUAAUAUACAUUUGUGGAAUAUAAAAGAAUCUUGAAAAAAAUAAAACUGUUACUGUGAUGAUAA